ACCUCUGCUCAUCACCUGCAGGUCACCUCCAUCUCCUCCAUCUCCUCCACCUUUCACCAUGCCUAGUCCCGGCGUCAUCAUGACCGGAGGGAUGCAGCUGCCCGGAUUCGGUCAGUCCUCUCUCUUUGGGUCCUUCUUCCAAAACCACUCGCCCAGCGUGUACGGUGGCGCGGGAGGAUACGGGACCCGCAUCUCCAAGUCAGCUUCCUCCUACGGGUCGAUGAGGCCUUACAUAGAGUGGUCACUGAUCCCCCAUGAGAAGGACACCAUGCAAAACCUCAACGACCGCCUGGCCUCCUACCUGACUAAGGUGCGCACACUGGAGGCAGCCAACAAGAAGCUGGAGCUGCAGAUCAGAGAGUACUAUGAGAAGAGAGCUCCCAGUGUUUCCAGUGACUUCACCAGCUUCUUUGCCACCAUCAGUGAUCUCCGAGCCCAGAUCCAGAAGAGAUAUUUGGAGAAUGAACGUAUCAGACUGAUGAUGGACAAUGCUCAACUGGCUGCAGAUGACUUUAGAAUGAAGUAUGAGAUGGAGAAAAACUUGCGUCUGAGUGUGGAGGCUGAUGUGGCUCGUUCCCGAGGAGUCCGGGACAGCAUUACUUUCUCCGUCAGUGACCUGGAGAUGCAGAUAGAGGGUCUGAAAGCGGAUCUGGUUUACAUGAAGAGCAACCACGAGGAGGAGAUGAUUCUGUUGAGGACCCAGCACACUGGCAACGUUAAUGUAGAGGUGGACAGCACAGAGUCUGUCGAUUUGACAAAGAUCCUGGAGGAAAUGAGGCAGCAAUAUGAGACCGUCGUGCGGAAUAACAACAUAAAGCUUGAAAAAUGGUUCAAAUCGCAGGUGGAUAUUCUCAUCACGAGCUGCGGGAAGGAAACAACAGAGGUGAAGACGUUUCAGAAGGAGCUGUCAGAGCUGAAGAGGACCUACCAGAGUGUCGAGAUAAAUCGCAAUAGCAUCCUCACAGAGAUUAAGUACCUGCAGAGGAGCCUGGAGGAGACGAAUGCACGAUACAGCUUUGACCUCAGCCAGCUACAGUUGAGAAUCAGCACACUGGAGGAACAGAUUCAGCAGAAAUCUGACUGCGAGCAGGAGAUCAGGAGGCUGGAACAGGAGAUUGCGGAGUACAGGAGGCUACUGGAAGGAGAACACUAUGAAGUGAAAAAGCCUGUGGUCAUCAGUGUGGAAGAGCAUAAACCCCACAUCGAAAGGAGGGUGAAGACCAUCGUGGAAGAGAUUAUUGAUGGAAAAGUGGUGUCCUCCAGUGUUGAUACCCAAGUGGAGGACAUCACAACACCUCUUAACUAAAUGUUCUUAAUUGACACAGAGAAUGUCUGUUUAAUGAAUAAUUCGAAUUCAUCCAGGUCAUUCCAAAACAAAUCGCUUUAAUGUUUGCUUUUCAAAGGGUUUACCUUGAUAUCUACUUUAUUUUGCCCUGCGAUCAUACAGCAAGGUUUCAGGUGAUGGUCUUUUCUUGACAAAUGCUCACUCUGAUAAGCCUGAGCCCAAAAUAUGACUAAAAGCCAGAAAGCAAAUCUAAAUCACAAAUGUCUAUUACAAUUCAGAAAGAUAGAUCAUAGUUUGAAGUUCAAACUUUCGUAUCUUUCAAACUUUGAACAUGUUUUUUUCAUUGGCAAACUUAACUUAAUUACAUUUUGGACAUAAAUAUAACAAAGGAGUAAAAUGGCCAAGCCAGUUUUAAGUCAUAUAAAGAAAGACUUGAUAAUGUUUUUGUGAGCUCAAGGUCAGUGGUCUCUCUGUAUUCCUCCUGUGCUGACACUCAUGAAUCAUAACAGUUUUCUUAAAUAAAGCUGAAUCCGACAAUGAUCCAUGUCGUUUUUAGGAGGUAAUUUCACUCAUGACCACGAGGUGUCACAAUGUCCUAACCUCUGAGACUGAAGUCUGAGCACAGCUUUUAGUGCUUUGUGGAAGCGUAUUUUGUUUGAGUGGAAACAGAUCGUUGCUGCACAAGAUAGAAACACGAUUAUUUUAGUCACAGGACAUUCGACAAUGGUCUGCAAAUAGCACAAAAUCAAGGCACAAUAAUGAUGCCAUGCUGACAAAAAUCAUGCGUGACACUGGAUGUGGCUUUCACAGAAACAUGGGUUACACUUAUACUGUCAUUGGGUAACACUUUGUUUUAAAUGUUUAUAGAGCUUUUGUAUCAUUCAGAUUCAACAAUUCAGAGUUUAGGUAACAAUUGUUGCAAAUUCUCUAUAAAAUAAAGUGAAGAGCAGAAAAACUUUGCUCCUCUGUGUUAGCUAUAGACUUGGUUCGACGAGGUUUACAGUCUUCCUUGAGUCACCAAAGGCUUCUUCAUUUGGGUGGAGCUGAAUCAGGUGGAGACUUGAGAUCUCCAAUCAUCCAAACAUCAGAGACUGACCUGCCCAGUCAGUUCAUCUUAUGGUCAAAAUGACUCAACGUUCAAGACUCCCUUUCUUUCUCUGCUUUUGUGCUGCACCUAUGAACACAAUGUUGCUACUCAUUGUCUGUGUUAUUAAAUAUAAUUAGUGGUCCUGAAAUAUGGUUUACACUGUUUCAGCAGCUUUGUGCAGCAGAGCAAUAUCAAGUUUAAGCAAGCUGAAUUCAUUUGACUCAGUGUAUGACUGCUAGUUUGAAUUAUUCUGCAUGACUAGACAAGACAAAAUCAAUAAAAAACAAAAUCCACUCACACCUGACAUACUUGCAGACAGUCCCAUUUUAAACUGAAAUCCUAACGUUGAAUUUGCCCUCCUGGUGUCAAACUUCAUGUCUAAUUGUAAAAGUAUAAAGUUGUCAUUCAGAGUGAGAAAAUUCCCUGCAUGUGUGCUUUUUGGUGUUGCACUUAUGCUGUAAAUAUUUGAUUUAAAGGAAGAGAAAACACAGUAGGCUGUGUUCAGGGUUGUGUGCAUGACACGAGGAAACAGGUUUUCCCUCAAAUAUCUCUAUUAUU